UCUAAAACAUCGAUACCUGUCAUAUUUUUGAUUGUGUUCUCUAUCGUGCGUUGAAUGCCGGUAAUGUAAUUUAAUUGAAUUGGGUGCGCCUAAAAAGAAAAGAGGAUCUGUCCUGCUAAUGUGAAUUUCGUCAGAGUAGUUCUUUUGGAGAAUCGCUGUCUAUAUGUUAAUUAUCUUUUGUAACUACCAUUUACCAUCUUCCCAUACAAAAGGCGUGUCAAAAUACUGCCGGAAUGUGUACCUGGGGAUACAAGUUUUCUAGUGUACACACGUAAAUUUUUGGCCACUCUGCUGGUGUUGAUAUCAGUGUUAUUCGUAAAAAGAUAUAUCGUGGAUUUGCUAAUAGAUCAUCACAAGCGUUGUUAAUGGAUUGCACUUAGGCAAUAAGCUGCUAUAUUAAAUUUAAGGAUCGCCGCCUACAUAACUACAUAUGUAUAUGAACUUGUUCAUAAGGUAUUCGGUAUUGUGUGUUUCAGUGAGGGUAUGAGAAGAAAAGAAGUUACAAGGGGUGAGUGACACAAAAGUUAAAAUCCAGAAAGGGGAGAACUACAAAUGUAUUGGUACCAACAUUCGGCUUGGGUCUUGCCAAAUGUGGCCAAACGAGAAAGUCUUUUAGCUUAAAGCUGGGUAAUACCUUGACAUGUCUACAGCACACAUAACUAAGGAAUUAAGUGGAUUCAACAGAGUGAGUUCAAGUUCUCCAUCGAGUUCCAUCUCAUCCGUCAACUUGUCAUCGGCUUCCGUGUCACCGAGGUCCUCCUCAUUGCGAGAGAGUGCUGUUGCACCGGUUUUAAUUUCGCUUCAAAAAGGGGAUAAGAGUGCACUUGCCAUGUCGGCUCAAGUCACACCGAAGAUCUCUACUAACAUUAACUCGAAAGGGUCUAUCCAGAAAACAAACACAGCACACCAUCACGAUAUGUCUGAACAAUCCAAAGGCAAUGAAUCAACGCUACCACUAUCAGAAGAUCCGAGAACACUGCAACUGGCGUUGGAACUAUCAUUGGUCGGAUUUACCGACAAUCAAAAUUGCUAUGCGCAACCUGCUCAACCGCUACCAAUGCCCCUAUGUGCACAAAGUGACUUUGAAAUUGGGACCAUGCACUCAUUUUCGAAAGCAGACAGCACGCUACCAAUUCCAUCGGCACCGAACUGCCUGCUAUUACCGACUGCCGGCGCCGUCAGUUCAGAAGAUCGAUCUAAGAAGUCUCAAAAUAUGACCGAAUGUGUUCCAGUCCCCAGUUCUGAACAUGUAGCAGAAAUAGUGGGCAGACAGGGGUGCAAAAUCAAAGCUUUGAGAGCCAAAACCAACACUUACAUUAAGACGCCAGUUCGAGGGGAGGAACCUGUGUUCGUAGUGACUGGUCGAAAGGAAGAUGUCAACAAGGCUAAACGAGAAAUACUUUCCGCUGCUGACCACUUUAGCUUAAUUCGCGCAUCACGUAAGCCUGUAAGUGAUGUUCACAACAACGGAAUUGUAGGAAGUGCGAGUAGCUCCAGUGGUGGUGCAGUUCCCCGUAUGUCAGGUCCCCCUUGUAUGCCUGGACAGGUUACCAUACAGGUACGAGUACCUUAUCGGGUAGUAGGACUCGUUGUGGGACCAAAAGGCGCUACGAUCAAACAUAUUCAACAAGAGACGCAAACUUACAUUGUGACACCAUCUCGAGAAAAGGAACCAAUUUUUGAAGUGACUGGCUUGCCAGACAACGUCGAUACUGCUCGAAAGCAAAUAGAAGCUCAUAUUGCCCUUCGAACUGGGAGUGGAUCUGGAAAUGCUGAUGCUAUUACUAUGCAAAUUAGUGAUUCGGCUGAGGCUAAUGAAUACGCGUCACUGCCUUCAUUAACGCAAAUUCUAAAUGAUGAUUUGAAUUCGGAAAUUCUAUCGUCGAUAUACAAAAAUGCCCUUCCGUCUACACAGGAGUAUGCAAAUAAUUCAAUGAAGACGAUUGAAAACGUAAGCAAUUCAGUGAAGCAUGUGCAAGGACUUCAUACUGGCAAUUGUUUUCCAAAAUCUGAGUGUGCUGAGAUGGAAAUGACAGCGAAUAUGACGGCAACAGAUAUAUAUGACAAACGUCUUUCUGGAAAUGAAGUUUCUAUGCCAUUGGCCAAAGCUAAUGCUGCUAAUAUUGUUUUUCGCACUACGUCUAGUAAAACAUUGUCUUUCUGUCCUCCCGCAUCUACAUCGGCAUCGUUCCAUCCCAACUGUAAUACAAAUAUUUUAACAAGAUCUUGUUCUUCUGCUUCUUCCACCACUUCAACAAAAAGUACCAACAAUAGCGCCAAUACACCUCCAGAAAUAUUGAAUAUAUGGAAAAGUAUUAGUGAUUCAAUUGACGUUGACGAGGGUAUAGGGGACUCUCCUAGUAUUUGGAACCAACCGGCAAAUAUCAUACCCACAGCUCACUGCUCGCCCACAAUCUCAGUUAGUCCAACCGACUCUCUUUUAGGUAUGGGUGAACAUUCUGCAAAUCAACAAAAUCUGAACAACACUAAAGAGCUCCCUAUGUGUAAUAUACCACAAAAGUUAAAAGCAAUUCAAGUGCAAUCUAAUACAGAAAAAUUUUUGAUUCAUCGCGAAUGCUUUGUAUGUAAUGAAAAUAAUGUUACCACUGCUUUGGUUCCGUGUGGUCACAAUAUGUUUUGUAUGGAGUGCGCUAAUCACAUCUGUCUGUCUAUGGAUGCAGUUUGUCCGGUUUGUAAUUCUAUUGUUUACCAUGCAAUGCGGAUUUUAGGAUAAUUUGGUUUUUUUUUCUCUAUGUAUUUAAUAUUUGUUAGUUUUUAGUUAAUCGGUUGUACAUCUAGUCGUGACUUCCGUGAAGUCUAUUACCAUUAGUUGAACAUUCAGGGAAUAUAGGGAUUUCUUAUUUUCAAAUUUACUUCUGUUUAUAACAAACCAAUUCAAAAUUUUCUUCUAAUUUGGGUUAAGGAGUUUUCGUUCCUACAAAUGUGGUUUAUUUGUGUACUAUUUAAAUUGACAAAAUUUUGGAAAAAUAGGGAGGCUUUGGGGCUUAUUUGUCUUCAUUUUUUCAAAAUCGUAUAAACCGGGUAUUCUGAAAAUUAAUCGUUUGAAGAAGGUAGUAAAUUACUAAAACCUCGCUUCAGGCCAACCUAACUAUCCAAUAUACAAGUAAAUAAAUUGAAUUAGUUUUAUCUGUAUCUCGUAUAGAACAAAGGUAUCUAAGAUGUAGACGGAAGCGCUUGCGAACCUGUAAUGAGUAUAUAUUCCCGAUCAUAAUCACUAACCGAUUCAAUCUAGAUUUUAUUUUUUCGUCUUGUCAAUUUUUUUUCUUUUUAAUAGGUAGAGCAUUUAAUAGGAUUUUCUGGGUGGCAAUUUUUUUAAUUUGGUUAAAACUUAUAGCGCAUCACCCUUUAAAAUUGAACUGCUCGUUUUGAGUUAAAAUAAUGAAUAUUGGAAUAUAAUUAUGUUGUAAUAGUAAUGUCAAACGUAGUCAGUUUUUGUGGUUUGUUGAAGUAUAGAUUCUUCCCGCAAAUAAUAACAGUAUGUUAAAAAUUUAUAAAUGAAGCUAUUUUGCUUUUAAUGGGUAUUGUGUUUUUAUUUUCUGUUAGUAGUAGUGCACUUAAUGUUAUUCUUAACACUCAUUACUCCAAAAAUUGAAUAUUAUAGAUAUUUUCUCUUGAACCGAUCCAUAUUUAAACAAAUAUGGUCGGUUUGUUUUCUGAAAAAUCGGUAGCACGUCCCUUUGAAGUUCCGAUUAGCUCCGGAGUAGUUCACAAAAGUUUAAGCAGGUAUAUUCAAUGACUUUUAUCUGAUUUAGUUUUCAACAGAGGAAAACAUUAUACAUAGAGUAUAACAUUUUAUGUUGAAGCUUGCAAUGUAUUGAAGGAAACAUUUCUUGAGUUGAUCUAGGCAUGUCCGUCUGUGAAUACGCCAACCAGUUUUAGAAAGGUGUUCCUUAAAUUUCCUGUAGUAUAUAAAUUGGAACGUGACGAAUCUUACGGCUAAAUGGAACAGCUCAAAAAAAUUUUGUAAAUAAGCAAGUAAAGUUUUCUUGAUAUACCUCGUUACUAGUAGAGUGAACGGUAUACGAGGAUCGUUGCGAAUUAACAGGUAGACAGGCGUGUUUUUGAAAGUGGAUAUUAAAUAUUGUCACAUACACAAACCGUCCCAAACUGUCACGCCCACAUUUUUUUUUUACUUUUUAUUAUAUUUUGUGAUUAUAUUAUUGGUCUGUCCAGUUUUCACUAAUAUGCCAAAAACAUUUUGACCACGCCUUGAAACUCCAAAGAAAUGUUGAGCCCACCUUUUCUAAAGUUUUCAAUUAGUUCAAAGUUUUUAAUAGUUUUCGAUUUUAUGUAGAAAGUAACAAUGUAACUGCCAUCAGGUGGCUCUCGUGGCAUGCAUAUAUCUACCUAUCGUACUCCGUUUAGCUGAAUACAGGACAUCAAACAGACGGUGAUGUUUGCUUUCUUUUUUUUAUUAUUUUGGGAAUAUCACUCUUUAUAACUAGCUUUGUCAUACCUGUAAUAGAUAUAAAGAAGUUUAGGAAAGUUUCAUACAGAUAACGGACCGACGGAUACAUGCAUACUAAACUCCAACGAACCGAUAUUUUGCCCUUUGUAUGCGGAGAAAACUAUGCAAAAAUACAAGGCAAUACGGUCGCUCAAUCUGCAAUAACAAUAUUUUUGUUUAAUUGUCAGGUAGUAUUUCUUGAUAGCGUUUAAACGCACUGCGUAACACAAAGGAAUCUUGCACGUGCAUCCUCUGAAUAAGUAAGCAUGGACUUAUAGGAUAAAUGGAGCGGGUUUGUUUUUUCUGCUACCGCAUCGCUGCUCAAAACUAUAGAGAACUCCUCGAGUGCGAGGGAGAAAAGUUUUUCAAAGUUUUCUCCUGACAGUUUUAGCAAUUAGUGGGCGUGGCAAUUAUUUCAAACAAACAUCUUACUUUCUUUCGUUAAUCUAAACUUUUUAUCUUCGAUAAAUCCCGAGAUAGGAAUGGAUACGGCCAGAUUACCUAUUGCUCCCUUUUAAAAAUAUAUAUACUUCAUAGGGUCGAAA